ACGUGUGACGCCGAUCCCACCCCGUCCCCUCCCCCCCCCCCCGGUCAGGUUCUUCAACAUCAGAAAGCGAGUCGCGCUGCUCUUCUGAUGGACGUGUAUAUUAGUAUCACACAGCACUGUAAUCUAAACCAGCACAGUUCAUACAACGAACGGAAAACAAAAACGUUCUCUGGAAGGCUCACAAAUCCGGCCUCAACCCAGAGGGCUAGAGCUCGGCCGGCGCCUGUGUCUGUGGGAUUGAGGUUGCACAAGAAAGAGGCUUCAGUAGCAUCUCAGGCCAAGUACAGGCUCUGUAUGGUCUAAGAAAUAUCGCGAAUGAAGGGGAAGAACGAGACAUCCUCGAGCGUGCUCGCACAGUCUGUUUCCUGAUUUUUUUAUAUAUAUUUCGGAGGGAAUAGUUUUUAAAAACAAAAAAUCCUCGCCUAUAGCAUCAAGAACCUAUCAACAAGUCAUUUGCGUACAUAACAGUUAGAGACAGACUGCCACGGAUACUCACUAAGGCUGUUGAUUCAGUACAUCGACACAUGGAUACUUUUUUUGAGGAACAUGGACAGGAAGGAGUUGAGGCUGAAAAGAGAGCUAUCUAUCUCUUGGCUAAGUUACGAAAUGAGGUGCAAACGGACAAGCCAGCACUACCACUUACGGAUGGAUUACCUGAUGUUGACUUGUGGAAUGAAUACCUAGAACAGCAACAAGCCAGACUGGAUAAAGAUGAAUACCCCAGCUGGUUUAAAUCACCCUGGUUGUACAUGGAGUGUUAUAUGUACCGUAGGAUUCAAGAAUCACUACAACUCAAUCCUCCCAUGUGUGAUUUUGAUGUAUUUAAUGAAGCAAAGACCCAAAGUUUCGUCGGGUCACAGCAAGCUAUCAUUGCUCUCUGCACCUACUUUCUGGAAAUUACUAAGAAAAUAGAAGGUUUUAAGGAUACUCAACUCAAAGCUGAGCUUCUUCUAUUCAUGCAGGUUGCACUGUGGGGAAACAAAUGUGACCUUUCCAUUUCUGCUGGCCAGGACAACUCUCAGUCGUUCAAUCCUUUAGACACUCUGGAAUCUUUGAAGCCUUUCAUCCUGGUGGAUGAUUUUGAAUGUGUUUGGGAACUCCUCAUUAAUAAUAAGAAAAAUAAAACCUCAGAAACAACGUGCACCCGCAUAGAUAUUGUCCUUGACAAUUCCGGAUUUGAGCUGGUAACUGAUUUGGUACUAGCAGAUUUUCUCAUAACCUCUCAACUGGCUGACGUGAUUCACUUUCAUGGCAAAAGCAUACCUUGGUUUGUUUCUGAUACGACCAAGAAAGAUUUUGAUUGGACGUUAAAGAAGAUGAAGGAAGCCAAUCACAUGCAGAUGUCCACGUGUGGUAUGAUGUGGGAAAAGAAUGUGAAGCAAGGAAUUUGGAUUUAUCAUGACCACCUUUUCUGGACCGGCCCUCAUGAGUUUUGUGACAUGUCUGUUGUUGCGCAUGAUUUAUAUAUUGAAUUACAGAAAUCAAAUCUGAUCUUUUUUAAAGGAGACCUGAACUAUAGGAAACUAACAGGAGACAGAAAAUGGAACUAUACGGUUUCUUUUGACACAGCCUUGCGUGGGUUUCAACCCGCAGCACUUUGUAGCUUAAGAACACUGAAAGCUGAUAUUCAGGUUGGUUUAAAACCAGGGCAAGGUGAGCAACUGGACGUCUCUGAUUCUGAAUGGAUGACCAGCGGACGCUAUGGUGUCAUUCAGUUCAGUGGUGCUUAUCAAAAAUGAUACUUACAAAUCUACCUGCAUGGUGUAUCAGCCAGUCUGGCUGAUCCUGGGGCUGCUCUGUAACAGUUAGCAUGCUUCUUUAUCGUUUACAGAAUACAUACUGAUCUUAAAGCAAGUUAUGGCUGAUCCUGGGGCUGCUCUGUAACAGUCAGCAUGCUUCUUUAUUGUUUACAGAAUACAUACUGAUCUUAAAGCAAGUUAUGGUCUAAGAUAUUUAUUUAAAUUUUUUGAGGGAAGGUUUUUCGCAAUAUUCUUUUAAAAAUCUAUGAGAACAUUACUCUCACAGAAAACAAACUGUCUUGAUGUGAAAUACUCCCCUAAUAUUAAAUUAUAAAAUUAACAAUGUCAGUUCAUUCUUGAUUAAAAUGUUGCUAGUAUUAACUUGCCAUAUGCUGAUUCCAGUUCAAACAGUGUUUUUGAACUCUUAUCAGAUUCAGUAACAAAGAAACAAGCAAGAAUUUAAGUGAAAUAUAUACAGGUUCUCUGCUGUGUAAACUGCUAAAUGACUGUGAAAGAUGUAUCACCAUUCAUACCAGUCUUAACAUUGAAUGUUUAGAUUAAAGAAUGGAUGUUGUACCUGACUAUGGGUUGUUUUAACCUAUUUGGCCUUCCAGUGAACUGAUGAUCUCUUUUACACUCCUCGCUAUGUUCAAUGGAAAGUCAAAGUAAAACAGGCAAAAUGUGUAAAAUGGGUCCCUGAUUAAGUUACUUACUGGAUGGGUACGGUUAAAAUUAUUCUUAGUCACGCACUGCUUAUAGUAAGUUAAAUGUUUGAGAAUCAUUUGGAUUAUUGAUCAUGUAUUAAAUUUAUUGGGAUGCUUACUUAAAUGAAACAGUAGCUUAACUGUCAUUAUAAAAAUUGCUUUUGAUCAAAUUGUUCCAACAUGUUAUGCUCACCUUCAUGGCAGAUGGGACUUGAACACAAACCUGCUGGCCCAAGGUAAGGCUAACUUUUGGAUUUAGAUCCACUACUUGCCAUGAUGGGAUUUGAACACCUGAUACCAGAGCCUUAGUCUGGGCCUAUAAAUUGCUAGUCCAACAGCAUUGCCACUGACUUCAUUUCUCCAAAAUUAUUUUUAAUUGACCUGUUUUGACAUGUAAUGACAGGCAUGCAAAGCCGUUAGAAUUUGAAUCUGGACUUUCUUACCCAGAGGUACAGGUACUAGUACUGAAUAAAAAGAACCCACAACAAAUUUACUGAAGCAGUCGAUCACUUGAUAAUGUAUGAUGCGUGCUAUUGCAGAUUUGUCAUACAUCUAAUCUACGCAACUCGCUUAGGAUGGAAUUACUUCUGUUCUUACCUCCUUAACGUUGCAGUAUGAUGUAAAUUGCUGAUUUUUUAAAUAAACUUUGGCAAGUUCA